GUUUUGUUGGGUCCACAGCUCUUCCUUCACCGCUCACCGCUCCUCUUCUUGUUUUUUUUUCUCGCCUGCGCUUUUUGGGGGUGGGGGUGUGUUCUCUGCGUGUGUGGCGUGUGAAUGAAUGAGUGAAGCCGCUCUCUCCUCUCCCAACUAGUAGUACCAACUACUACAUAACAAUCAUCAACAUUCCCAUUUCUCUCCUUCAUUUACUCUUCCUUCUUCCCUCCUCCUACUCCUCCUACUCCUCCUCCGUCUAUAUAGCGAGCCGCUCUCUUAGUUACAGCCAUCUUCACUUCUCCGUUAUCCACCAUCACCCACACCUUUUUAGAGUUCUCUCCUACGUACGUAAACGUUAGCAAUCGAACGGCCAAACCUAAAUGCGCACAAACCCACAAACCCACACAUCGACCUCUUUGGCAAUCCAUCCUCACCCUUUACGGUAUGGAUCGCCUAUAACCAAUCCCAUUCCAUAUCCAUAUCCAUAUCGCCUUUCAUAUCGCCUAACCCCUGCUGCUGCUGCUAAUGUCGGUACGAGCACCGGUAAACGGACAACCUUGUUACGUCGGAUAUGGAUCGUUCUGUUCGCUCUGUGCUAUCUUCCCUACUUUGCUUCUGCUCAAGGAACUGGAACGACCUCUAACUCUAAUAAUAAUGGCCCGUCAGGCACAGGUUCAGUCAACAGCACGACGUUCACAAGCACCGCUUUACCUCCUGAUAUGACUACGACGUUAAUCAACAUCACGACUUCCAAUUGGAUCCCUUUACCAGUCGUCACACAGCUUACCACUUCACGUACCCGUAUAUUCACCAUCACCACCACCACUUCGAUUCCACUUCCAACGACUAUUACGACCAUUUCGACGAUCUCUAUCGCCACAACCACAACCACCACCACCACCAAUUCCACAUCUACGUCUUCCCCUUCGCCAACGUCUAGGACCCCUCCUCCUAACAAUCGUUGGUCAUCUUACUUCCUCCUAGGCUUCUACGCUUUCUCCUUGGGCACCUGUGCACUCGUCCUACGCUAUGGAGUCAUCCCACAUUUAAGAGACGAUACGGAUUUACCGGGUAACAAGGAACAAGGGCUUUAUUUGCUUGCGGCGUUGUGGAAUUGGGAUUUUCUUUUGGGGGAUGAGUCGGUAUUUGAUUGGUGGAUGGGGUGGGUUGGUCGUUGGGUUUUAUGUGCAGUGUUUUAGGGAUGGUGGGUUGAUUAGGAGCAUUGGUUU